AUGAAGCCGAGAAGCAUUCGCUGUUUGAAGUUCUUUUUGACACUGUUCAAUAUAACCUGUAUUUUCUUCAGUUUGGUUUUGAUGACAAUCUGCGUGAUCAAUAUGCGCAACCGCAAGGCUCACCCAGAACAACAAUCGACACUCUCACGCGGUGUGCUAUCAUUUCUCCUGACUUUAAGCUUGGGUUUGGUAUUGUCUGCGAUUUUAGGAUGCAUCGGUGCUCUGAGAGAAAAUGUAAAAAUACUUUAUGUGUUCGCCGGCUUUUUCAUAUUCCUGGUGUCGGUGGAAGCAGUGGCGACGGUGGGUAGUGCGGUACUCAACACCUGGGCGGGAGGGGGCAGUGAGCUUCGAGUUCAUUUCUACAAGAACUCAACGGUUGAAGAUGAGGGUGGUCAUGCAUUCUGGGAUCAAUUACAGUCUGAGAACCAGUGCUGCGGCGUAGACGGCCCCCAAGACUACGCUAUUCUUAAUCGCGAGAUUCCGUCCUCAUGCUGUGCCCGAGCACACCCUCUACGAGAAGGUGGAGCUAGAAGGCACCAUCAUGCGUCUUGUCUCUCGGCAAAGUCGUACUAUACGGCAGGUUGCGAGGAGACUCUUCGUCAGAAAAAAUCUUUUAAAGGAAAAAUGUUUAUAACUACUGGAGUUGUCUUCUUGUUGCUUGAGAUCAUGUGCAUAAUCCUAGCGAUCUGGAUGGCUAGGAAGAUAAGGUCUGAGCGUCGAAGAUUGCAGCAAAACUUACAAGCUCACUUCGAAACCUAA